AGACUGCAAGGAACCAAGGUAGGCCAGUUGUGCAUAGUUACGAGGACAGAUCGCGGGAGACAGAAUUGCUCGAUCAAACAGACGUUACCAUGCAGACCCCAGGAAUGUACACCGCCGAAGGAAACAACGCGAACGGAUUCGCCAUUCCAAAGCGCUCUCGCCGCCUGUCGCAGGACUCCGCUUCACUGUCGACCCGCCAGACCGACUUGGGAAUGCAGUUGGACAGGGAUUUAAUCAUGGCGGAAGAGCAUUCGCGACAUGCAGACGGCGGAUCAGAUGCAGCUGUUGAUGAGAAGAGGCCAAGGGCACGGCGCUCAUCGAACGAGAGUCGAAAUGCAGAAUCCAGUGGUCCAAUGAAUCCUCCUUCUGCGACUCGGCACCAUCGAGGAUCCUCCAACAGCAAUGAAUGCAAGGAUGCAGCGGCUUCCGCACGGCACUAUGGCCCCUAUCGCUCCACUCUGGAUUUGGACAGGAGGACAAGUCAGAAGCCGCUUCCACCACGCCUUUCCGGACAUGGCAGAUCAUCAUCGAGCGACAUCCAUCCGACCCCACUCUUGCCCGUGUCCAAUAACACGAUCCCCUCUCCACUGGCAAGCCCCAUCACCGCAACUGCACACUCGUUAACAGCCCUCAGCAUCUCUCAGAACUCAGCCCACAAUACCUAUUCUGGCCGAAAUCUGUCAAGGAUUACAGUUCCACGAGAAAGAAAGACGCGGCCUUGUUCGAUUGCAUCCACGGACACCUUGCUGGCGCAGGAGCGCGCACGAAGCAGUCAAAGCGAGGACUGCCAUCAGAACCAACCAGGCAGGCUGUCAGACCCUGAAACUACAACGAGACAGGGGCAUGUAUCGACCAAGCACUCCUCGAAGGCAGAUUCGAGAAACGGUGCUGGAUCGUCAAGCACAGGAAACCCCAUAGACUUCAAAUUGCCGACACUGAAACCCGCUGCUCAACUUCGUGUCAACUUAUACAAUCUCGUCUCGACUGGUUAUCUUCCUGCAGAUACUCUGGCCGUCUUUCGUGAACAUAGCGCAAUUGUAACCGCCAAGGGAACGCUCAUCCCUCAGUUCAAGGAGCCGGAUGCGAUGACUCUCUAUCCAUGGCUGCAGGCCGAGUAUGAGACACCGAGUGCAUGGGCGACAGCGAUGGUAAAGGGUGGCAGGACAGGCAAAGUGGCAGUCAAUGGAUGGUCUGCUAUCAAGAUCCCGAUUCAACAUGUUCCGGAGCUUAACAAAAUGUUUGAGGGCCAGGGUUUGACAGAGGUCUCGCUGGACGUCCUGCGGAAGCGAUACUUGGCUGACAUGACAGAGGAGGACUCUGCACAUGCAGAGGGCGCCUCGGCAGUGUCAAGCACAACCAAAGACACCGCAGCAAUGGAUAGAAAGAAGCGAAAGCGGCACGUGGCGGCAACGACAGAGGCAGCAGGCUUGAGAAUCUCGACGGAGACCGGUACAGCUACACAGAAAGGCAGGGCAGGGACAACUCGGCCAAGAAAGAGAACCAUGUCGGAUCUUUCUGGGAUGGUCAGCUCUGAUUUGUUCAAGGAUAGUCAGCUGCAUUUGGAAGCAGCCGGGGCGCUCUUCGCCAUGCAGGAUCCCUUCUCAUCACCCGCGCUGGAUUCGUCCGGUCAUCACCAGAAGAACAGUCAGGGUGGACGACAAAAGUCGCUUUGGCGCAAGCAUGCUAUACUGCUGGAUAGCUUGGCAAGGCAUCGACAGGAAAAGGGAUUGUUGUGGUCACAUGCACCUCGUCCAUCGGCAUUGCAUAUGAUCAAGACGCUGUCUUCGGUACCAGCCAUUGUCCCUUUGGGUUUGACGUCCAGCAAUGAGCAUAAUGAAUUCUGCAGUCUGUGCAGUGCAUCAGGUAGUGUCAUCAACUCAAGCAGUGGACUAUCGACGCAAAUCACGGCCGACUACCGAUUGGGACCGGCCGCACAUGGAGAACUUCACGAGCGAGACACCCUGAGACGAUGCUCCGACUGUAAAAAGUGCUAUCACCUCGACUGUAUCGCCUCCAACAUUGCUACGGACGGGCAUCCAUCUUUACGGGCAGAGGAUCCAUGGCAAUGUCCGCGAUGCAUGACCUGCAGCUUUUGUCAAAACCCGAUACACGAGAGUCCCAGCUCAUCCACGGUCAAGGAAACAGCAUCGACACAAUCGAUAUCGACAGCUGAUUCAGGGGAUAUCCAAGUUUUGUCGUGCGAUGUGUGUCAUCAGUUCACCCACUUGCAGUGUCAGCUUGUACUAGAACCACCGUUGAAGGAUACUAUCCAAUCCAACUUCUACCGAAACAGGAUUGAGUGGGUCUGCCUGGCAUGUCGAGAAUGUGUAGAAUGUGGAUAUCGAGUACCAGCGGCGGCUAGUACCAAUGUGGCGGACGAGGACUCGAUGGCGGACUCGGAAGCCAAGGAAGCGAGCAUUGUCAACGGUCGGUGGUCAAAUGGAUCAAUACUGUGUCCCUCCUGUACAGUUCUGGCGGAAAAGGGCAAUAUCUGUCCUCUCUGCUGUCGUAUCUACCAGGAUGACGAUUACGAAACGCCAAUGAUUUUUUGUGACGGAUGUUCACUAUGGGUUCAUGUCGCCUGCGACAAGGGACUUCAGGACCGUGACUACGAGGAGCUGGGCGAGGACUCAAGGCAGUAUUUCUGUCCGUCCUGUAUACCCACACCCAUUCCCUCCCCAACACACUCGUCAUCGUCGUCAAUGUACUCUGUAGUCAACUCGGUUGAGCAGAGUCCUUGGCAGGAGCCUUACAGCCAUCAAUCUCAUCGUGGAGGUGGCACAAUCGACCAUAGCAGAGAUGCGUCUUCGGGUACAGAUGAAGACUGGCACCAUCGUGGAAGGAAGAAGAAAGACGAUAUUCUGGAUUUGAUCAAAGCAGCCAAGGAGAUUUCGGACUCGGAAUCGCAAGCCAACUCGCCCUACAAUUCCUACAGCCCAAUGUUUCCGUCAACACACUCAAGGACAAUGUCGGCUUCACUGGAAUCGGUCGCUGAGGUUGCUGCAGCAGAAGCUUUAUUGACAAUUUUCAGUGGUGCGAGCACGCCAGUCAGCUCGACGCCUUACACAUCCUACCCGCCAUCACCUUUCGAGCCAACUUUCAAUUCUUUCAAUGGAAUUUACGAUCGCCAGUAUUCUGCUAUCGGCAGCCCUCAGGAUCUCCCAAUGCUUAUGCGGUCCAUGGCUUUUACUCCGUCGUCAUCAGAUCAGGAAAUAUCGAAUUUAUUAGCACGGGAAUGUCAGGGGACGGCGAGCUGCCGAUGUCAACGGCAUAGGGACAUUAAGUAUGUGGAGGACUAUUUCAAUAGUCAACCACAUUCUCGCCCAACUGUUCCAUACAAUCAAAUCGGACAAGAACUCGAGGUGUCCGAGGCCAAGUUGAGCCAGCCAUUGCAGCAGGCCACAAUUGCCGACUUGGGUGAUAUCAUCAUGGAGGAGGCUGAGAGUCCAGGAGAGUCAUUACAGCAGGGUAUGGAUUCAGGCAUGAAUGAACGAAAGACACUGGCAGUAGCGAAUAUCGAUAAACAAGAGAACUCUGGUACAUCGACGGCAGGCACGCCGCUGUCACGGCGGGGACAUGCUUCGGCCAAGGAUUUGGAGACUGAGGAAGGCGUUCCACGGAGGUCUCGAGUAGAAAUCGAUACAGUGAUCAACUCCGCGGUGCAUGAAGGAAGUUCGCGAAAGGACAACUCAUAGUGCAUAAGCUAUAUACAAUUCUAGCCAGAUAGCAUUAUAAUAAGCGCUCAUACAAUCUCCUAGAGUGCUUUAUGGGCUACAUCAUCGAAGAAGUCCAAUCUUUGGGAGUCAAAAAGGAGUUUACUUCAUGAAUAUGGGUCUGGAACUGUGGAGACAAGAAGGCGCAUGAACGACAAUGAUCUCAUCGAUCCAGUUCAUCUAGAAGUUAGUAUGAAUAUUU